UGACGGCGUUAGGGAGAGUAGGAGAGGCGGUGAAGGAGUGCGAGGAAGCGGUUAGAUUGGAUCCUAAUUAUUGGAGGGCCCAUCAGAGAUUGGCUUCGUUGAUGUUAAGGGUAGGGCAGGUUGAGAAUGCAAGGAAGCACCUAUGUUUUCCUGGGCAACCACAAGAUCCAACCGAGUUGCAGAAGUUGCAGGCAGUAGAAAAGCAUAUUAGCAAGUGUACAGAUGCCCGGAGAAUUAGAGACUGGAAAAGUGCAUUAAGGGAAAGUGAUGCUGCAAUUGCCACUGGUGCGGACUUCUCUCCAGAGCUUUUAAUGUGUAGAGUAGAAGCCCUCUUGAAACUCCAUCAGCUUGAUGAUGCUGAAUCAAGCCUUUCUGUUGUUCCUAAAUUAGAACCAUGCACCAACUCCUGCACACGGACUAAGUUUUUUGGGAUGCUUUCUGAAGCGUAUCUCUUCUUUGUCCAAGCACAAAUUGAGAUGGCACUUGGGAGGUUUGAGAAUGCAGUUACAGCUGCAGAGAGGGCUGGACAGAUUGAUCCCAGAAAUGUUGAAGUUGCUGUACUGCUUAACAAUGUGAGGUUUGUUGCAAGAGCGCGAGCUCGUGGGAAUGAUCUUUUCAAGUCUGAAAGAUUCACUGAGGCCUGCUCAGCAUAUGGGGAUGGUCUCAGGCUUGAUCCAUCAAACUCUGUUCUUUAUUGUAAUAGAGCAGCUUGUUGGUUUAAGCUUGGGCGAUGGGAGCAUUCUGUUGAAGAUUGUGACCAAGCUUUAAGUAUCCAACCAAACUACAUAAAGGCUCUUCUCCGAAGGGCAGCGUCUAAUAGCAAGCUCGAAAGAUGGGCUGAGGCUGUGCGAGAUUAUGAAGUUUUGAGAAGGGAACUUCCAAAUGAAAAUGAAGUUGCUGAAUCUCUAUUUCAUGCACAAGUUGCAUUGAAGAAAUCUCGUGGUGAAGAAGUUUAUAAUAUGAAGUUUGGUGGUGAAGUAGAGGAAGUAUCAGGUCUUGAGCAGUUCAGAGCUGCAAUUUCUCUGCCAGGCAUCUCUGUAGUCCAUUUUAAGAUGGCCUCCAACAUGCAAUGCAAGCAGAUAUCUCCAUUAGUGGAUGCACUAUGUGGCCGCUAUCCCUCCAUAAAUUUUCUCAAGGUGGACAUUGAUGAGAGUCCAGCAGUUGCAAAUGCUGAGAAUGUGAGGAUUGUACCAACAUUCAAGAUAUACAAAAAUGGUAGCCGGGUGAAGGAAAUUGUGUGCCCAAGUCGAGAAAUGCUGGAACACUCGGUGAGGCAUUACAGCUUUUAGAACUCAUGACUGUGCUGUACUCCUGCUCCGCCCUUUUUUGUCUUUACAUCUUGCUGCCCGAAUGUCCUUUUUGUUGGGAACUCUUCCACUACCCACCCAAUCUUUCCUCCCACCACAUAAGGAUUACCAGAUACCUGUGACAUAAACCAGAGCUACAUAAUAAUCCCAUUAGCAGCCAAUGCCAGAGGAACCCAGAGAAAUUAGCUUUAGUUCCCUUUUGCAGUUUUUAUUUAUUCAUUCAUUCCUCAUUGCUCUAGGGUUCCCUGUUCUUCCUCCCUUCACCUUACCUUUUUUGUUAAUUUUUUCCCCUUUUCCAUUUUCAAGUAGGCCAGCCUGGUUCUUGUAUCACUACUCUUGUUCAGUGGGAAAAAGAAAUUGAGAAAUAUGUGUACAAUUUAAUUAAAGUGGAUACUUAGUUACAUUUUAGGGUUACAGUGAGAGGACUGGCAGUCAGGCUGGUAGUAGAGGAUCUCUGUACAUGUAUAAAUGUGAUGAUAUAUACAAAACAUUGGAAGCCAUGAGGGAGAUUGGAUGUCUGGUGGGUACUUAGUUACCGGGUUAGUGAAAGAAGGAUGAAUAUGUUGUCAUUAAUAUUGUUGUUUCUUUCUUUUUUCUCAACCAUUCCAUCAAUAAAAAAAAUUCCCAUUUUUUCUUUCUC